AUGCCACGAGCAACUUUUAACAGAACCAAUGCUGAAAAGGAAGAUGGAAGAAUCACGGCGUUGGCGGGAGGGCCGAUAGUGGUGCCGGUCACCACGGGGGAAAUCAGUUACGCCUCGGGGCUCUUCUUGUCGCAAGCCCAGCAACGCACUCGCGUGAGAAGAGCCAACCGGUCAUCUCGUGAAGAAAGUUCGGCCCCAGUGUCGAUCGGUAUUGCCGUUGAAGACCUCCGUGUCGGGGUUCCCUCGUUACUUGAGCAUCCUUGCCGAUUAUCGUGCAUCAAGUCGGAGUCUCUUCGUACGCUGCUGCGCGCUAGCCAGAUAGUGAAGCUCCUGGAUCUGUGUAAGGAACAACCCGGGUUCGAGAUCUGCGACAUAGGAUGCUUGGAGGAGUCCCCUAUGUCUGGCACGGACAAAUUUUCCGUGCCAACCGUUCAGCUCUCAGCACAUCAGAAACCAGGGCAAGAAUAUACGGAAGCGUGGAUUGAAGUUGCCCGGACAAUCUAUCGCCAUGUUCAAGCGCAAACGACUGAGACUUUUAGCGUGAUCAUAAACGAUCCCUCAUUCUACAAGCGCCUUCGUUUGAGGCCCUGUACUAAGGACGACGCAAUCUUCUCGCAAUGGAAUAAUGUGCUUGCUGAGAUUCUGCGCACGAUCUCUUUGAACGGAAUUCACUACUUCAGCUGUUGUCGACCUGGUGCCCUAGAAUUAUCAAGUGACUUCCCAGCCACCGUCCUGCUGGGUGAGGAUGGGAUGGUACCACAGGAAUGGAAAAUGAUUCGCGAACAGAUCAUCGCAAUCCUUGAAGCGUUCGGCCUCGAGUCAGUUGGGCUACUCAUUUGGAAGGACCAGAAAGGCCUCCAGGCUGAUGAAUAUCCAAAUCUCUGGACCGCAAUGUUCGCCGAUGACACACCCGCCAAUUUGGGGUCCAGUCUGGCCCUGCAUGGUUUGCCUGCAACACAUCCCGGAACACUGGGCGGCUGGGUGGAACUCCAGGAUCCUGAGACUGACAAAUGGGUACCAUAUGCACUAACCUGCGCGCGGUGCGUGCUGCCAGCUGAUGGACACGGGUCUUCUCAAGAGAACAGAAAUUCCAUCUUCGACGAUUGGAAGGCCAACGGCAUCAUGUCACACAUUAAGGACCUCAGUGAGACAAUUCGCUCCUUCGAAGCCGAGCGUGUUUCCACUGAGGUGCAAGGCGCUCGAGAGAAGGACGAGCUAAUGCCGCCUGAUAAAUCGGCUGCUGCCUCAAAGCAUCUCAGCGAAAUGUUCCUCAGACGUAAAGCGAAACGCGAACAGCUUCAGGCGUAUCUUGACAGCAAGAGCAAUAUCCUUGGUGUUGUGGUGGCAGCGUCCGCGCUGGAGUCGCAGCACAAAGACGGAUUUCUGGACUGGGCACUUGUAUCCCCGCGGGAAGACCGGCCGCUUGGGGACAACAUUGUAAGCAUUCUGCCCAAGUCUAAUAGCGCUUCACUGACGGUUUAA